AUGCUUGCCUCAGACGUUAUACCAACGCCUGCCUUGUCGGAACUGUUCACGCAUUGGGAGUUCAGCCCCAUUGCCUCGCUUGAAAAGGCGAAGGAGAUUACUGCCCUCAGCAACUUCACGCCUCUUGGCAAUAGCGUUCACGAGGCCAUCUUGCGCGAAUGGUCACGCAUGCACGAAGUGGUGAGCCGCGGUGAUGGAAGGGAGCCUCUUCCAGAUCGCGACAAGACGCCCGUGUGUUCAAUAUAUGGCAUGUGCUUGUGCAGUGGUGACGGCUCGGGGUGGUGGAACAUGCGGGAAAAUUGUCGCAAAAAGGGUUGGGGCAAAGAGUUCAGUCCUUCGCUUCGCCCUGUAGCUCGCCAGAUGGUUGUCGACGCCAAAGUAUUCGCCGUGUUCGUUGCCACGUCCCGCGUCUCAGACUCUGCCGAGGGGCAGCCGAGAGUGGUCAGCCAUUGGCGGUGCCACAUUGCCAAGCAACAGAUCUCGCCUCACAAAGCCAUGUUUCAUAUCAUGGACGGUUCAUGCGUGGCUUUUGAUGCAGGCUGCGUUGUUGCUCCUGGGCAUGAAAUCACGCUGCGCCCUCGCGCAGAGUUCCAGAACGAUGUCCAGGCCAUGAAUCGGGUGGAUCGCCCUUUCAAAUGGAUGGUGGCUUAUUUCGUCAUGACGCCCGACAUGCGCGCAAUGCGCCCGCCCGACGACAGCUCCGACGCUUCCGAUGGCGACCUGCGCGGCGCCGAACCAGAUGGCGAAUCCGACCGCGAGCCCGACCUGGCGUCCGACCGCGACAGCGAGGCAUCGCCGCAGCAGGAGGAGUCCGACGACAGCCCGACCAGCGACGACGGCGACCCUGCUGACAUG